UUCAUCACCACCACCACCACACAAUCAACCAGUAACUGUAGCUUGAUGCUUCCGAAACUUGUCCUCUAAAACUAAGCAAAAGAGAGACUGAACACGGUAGAAGAGACGAGAGUCAGGUCAACAAAAUAAAAACGAACCACGCGGUUCAUUUCGGUUUAUUAUCGAUUGCAAAGUAUGAUCGAUCGGGUGUUGUGGUGAAGAUAGAAAAAGUUAUGUAAAUUGUUAACAAAGUUUUAAAUUAAAAACUUUUUAAAUAAAAGUGAUCUUAAACUUGUGAUACUUUUACAAGACUUCUUUAUUAGUGGGUUUAAAAGAAAGAAACGUUUUUUAUUUGAAAAUGUACGACUUAAAAGGAAAGUUCCUUAAUGGGAAAAUGCCCCAAGUGAUUACUGUUUUAACAGCAACACUUGGAGCAUUAUCAGAUGGUAUGAACUAUGGUUGGCCAGCACCCGUUCUCCCAAUUUUAUCAAAACCAGAUAGUCCAAUACCGGAUGUAACCCACGAGUCAGCCAUGUGGAUCGAAUUACUUUACAUGUUAGGUGGAAUCGCUGGAUUACCAAUAACAAUCUUCAUUGUUGAUAAAUUGGGUAGAAAAAUGUCCCUUCUUAUCACAGCAAUGAUGAGUUUAGUAGUUUGGAUAAUGACUGCAUGUGCAACAAAUGUCGAAACAAUUUACGCUAUCAGAUUUAUCUCAGGAAUGGCUGGUGAUAUGGCUUUUGUUGCUGGACCAAUGUAUAUAGCGGAAGUUGCUGAUAAAUCAAUUCGAGGAUUAUUAUCAGGAUUUAUUUAUUUAGCACUUUUACUCGGAAUUGUUAUUAUUUAUUCGGUUGCGCCAUUUGUGUCGUUAGUGACAUCGUCUUGUGUUGGUGCAGCUUUCGUAAUCGUACAAUUAUUUACGUUUAGUUUUAUGCCCGAGUCGCCUUAUUAUUUAUUAAUGAAAGGAAAAGAUGAAAAGUGUAGAAAAGCUUUAGUUUUUUUAAGAAGCACGGAAGACGUUGAUGCGGAACUUUUAGAAUUAAAAACAGCAAUCGAUCGACAAAUACAAGAAAAAGGACGACCGAUUGAUUUAUUAUUAGAUAAGGGAAAUCGAAAAGGAGUUAUUAUUAUGACAGUUUUAAACGCUUCACAACAUUUUAGUAGUAUUAGUGUUAUUUUGAUGAAUCUCCAUACAAUUUUAGAAGAUGCAAAAGGAAUUGUAUCGCCGGAUUGGUCGGGAAUUGUUUUCUCAUUAGUUAUGUUGCUUUCGGCAUCAGUUUCAAUUACAAUCGUUGAUAAAUUUGGUCGUAAAAUUUUAUUAGUUUUUUCGAGCUUUUUAACCGCUAUUUCAUUAGCAAUUUUAGCAACAUAUCUUUUAGUGAAACACCAAGGAGGUGAUGUUUCAAAUAUUGGUUGGGUUCCUUUAUUUUCCGUUUUACUUUACGCUGUAGCUUUUAAAAGCGGACUAGGAAUGGUACCAAUCGUAAUGACCGGGGAAUUAUUCCCCGCAAAAGUUAAAGCCAUGGGCAUGGCCAAUGCGGACGCGAUGUACGUUUUAUUUGGGGCCCUAUCGAUAUUUAUUUAUCAAGAAUUAGUUAAAAAUUUCGGCAUUUUUUGCCCGUUUUAUUUGUUUUCUUGUUGUUGUAUUUUAACCGCGAUUUUCGCAAUAUUUUAUAUCCCUGAAACGAAAGGAAAAACUUUAGAGGAGAUCCAGUAUUUGCUUAAAGGUAUUCCUUUAAGUGAAAUGAAAAAGAAUCCUCAAGAAGAAAUCACGCCAAAUGAUCUUUGUACGAAAUUAUAAUUUUUAUUUAAUUUU